GUGCGCUUGCCAGGCUACCGUGCUUGAAUACACAACACACACCUACAGGCACAUAUCUGAGACACAAAGCAACGGAGAACCUAUAAGCGGGCACCGUCGCAGGCAAGGGACCAUCGGCUUUCUCUCAGCGCCAAGAACUCCGGACAGCAUUUGCCUGCAAAUGCGAAUACAUGCAAAUGUCCAUGAGACGGGGCAGCGCAGCGCAGCGCAAGAGAGCAGGGCCUCCGGUCGGCACCGCAGUGGAGAGAGGGGGGCGAGACGGGUGAUGGGUGAUGGGUGAUGGGCGAUGGGUGAUGGACAAUGAUGCUUCGUACGAGCCCGCGAAAAGGCUCUGGACAGUUCGGGCUAGGGGUGUGACGGCCUGAUGAGGCUUGGCUCCCUGGCCUCAGCAAGCGUCCAGAGGCAUGACGCACAUGGCACGAUGCCCACAGCACCAGAAUUAAAAAUAGGUAACAACUGGGGCGAGCCGUCGGCCUGGUUUGGCCACCAGGGUGCGGGCAAUGUGGGGGAUGGAACCAGCAGACGUCGUUUGGUUGCUUUUUCGCACCCUGCUCGCGGGCUUAGGCUUUUUGGGCCAGACGCCAUGGCACAGCGUUAGUUGGGGCCGGCCUUUUCUCAGGGUGAAACAGAACUG